GAAAAGUGUUAAAGAUGUUGGGACAAUAGAUGUAUAUACAUACAUACGUAAAUCGCUUAACAAACCUUUUGUACAAAGCGUUGCAGUUUGUUAGGUUGUUAAGCUAGAUAAAAAUAUAUCUGUUCUUCUUACAUAAACUAAAAUAGUAUUAUCAAUUAAAAGUUUUACAAAGUGUGUUCGUUGGGAAGGUUCCUAUAUAUGUAUGUAACUACCUAUAGUGUGGUUUUUUAUUGUUUUUAAACAUCAAAGCAGCCGUGAUCUCAAAUUAAUUUUCAUUAUUAGUUUAAGGUAGAUAGUUCACAUGUAAACAAGAAUUAAUGUGAGCAUUUAUUUUUCAUUAAAUGGACGUUUUGGGUUUAAAUAAAUUCGACUAAAAUAAUCAUAAUAGUGAAAUAAUGAGCAGAGUCAACUCGCCUACAAAUAACAGUGGCUCGUCGUCCGAAACGAGUGAGGUUCAGAGUUUCGAAGAUAACAAAACAUUUGCAGAGUCUCCUGUUUCAAAAAAUCUCGUAUCGCAAAACAGGAGCCCAAAAAGUAUAAAAGAGUUUGGAAGUUACCAAAGUGGAGACAAAGAAGGGGAAACUAAAAGACCUCCCUGGAGGGCGGUGAGUGUGUCCACAUUGCCCAAACCGGAUAAGAAUGCUAUACUAAAGGCAAAACUUCUUGACGCCUCAAGGCGUUUACGUGCAGGAAAAACUUCUAUCGGAUUGCAAACAUAUCUAGAACCAACAAAGCUAUUGAGAGAUGUUAAUUUAGGCAUACAGAAGGAUUUGCUGCUUUUUAAGGAUACGGAAAUUCAAACAGAUGGUUUCUAUACUAAGAAGACAAACAACGGAGAAACGUUUAUUUUAACAUAUUCCGUUGCGCAAAUGACUGACUAUGUAAGAGUUUCCAAUGAAGCUACUCAAACUCUACUUCCAAGGAUUCCUGGAGAUAUCUUUUUGAAUACAUAUUUGAUUAAUUACGGAAAAAUAAAUGAAUUAAGGGAUAGAAAUGUUAUAGAAAAAGAUGCAGUUAGUGCAGAUUACGGGAAACGAAAUAAAAAGUUGCAUUAUAAAUCUGAUAACUCGAUGGAUCCUGGACUGGAGAAAAGCGUUCCUAAUAUUGAAAUCGAUAUUAAGGAAUUGCGGAAAAAUAACUUUAGGCCAAAUCUUCAACAACCUACUCUUUUAUCAUGGAAUUUUGAAUAUGGGGACUUGGCUGCUGAUAAUAACUCGAAAAAAUUUGUGCCGUAUGCUAUUCAAGCUAAUCAUUCACCCCGGAGUUUUAUUUCCCCGCAACAAGAAAGUAGUAUUUACCACGGUAAUGAUCGUUAUUAUAUUGAAAAAGAUUGCGAAUUGUUUUUGCUUUCCAUUGACGAACUUUUACAAGAAAUUAAUAGAUUGGUGGACAUAAUUGAGGAUAAUCCAUCUGAAAAUAAAUAUUACAAUAAAAGCACAACAGAAUCGAUCCACUUUAAAUAUAAACCAUUGUUUAUACCGUCCGAAAAAUGGUUACCAAUCAUUAUCAAGGAAGAAAAGCAGUUGCAAGAUAUGAUGAAAGAAAUGAAUAUCUGAAACCUGCAUAUGCAAAAGUUUAUCAAUGUCAACUAUAUUAUUAAAUAUAACGGUUCCCCACAAAUACUAGUAUAUAAUGUAUUAAUAUAUCACUUGAGAUUAUUAUUCCAAGUAUACCUAUCUAAUGAAUGCAUAGAAAUAUUCCUGUUAAUUUCUAAACUCAAACUCUUUUCCUGAUUUAAUAUACAUACAUAUAUUCAUCUUGUAAGGAAGACUAAUAAACGUAGGUAUAUUUAAAACCUUACAGGUUGAUCAAAAUAUGUGAUAUUUUAAUGAAAUUAAAUGAACAAGUUUCCUUGAAAAUUUUGUGAUUUACCUCUGAAUAUGAAUGGAAUUUGGCAAAUUGGGCCUUUGGAUAUUUCUGAUUGGGUCCUAGGCUAAGUCUUCCUACAUAUAUUAGUCGUUUAAAAGUAAUUUAAUUUGAUUUUUCAUAAAUUAAAACAUAAUAAUUUGUAUAUUCAACAAAAUACA